UUUCACUGUCCGCUGCACAAUGCUCUUCCUGCAGCUGAAUGCGGCUCUUUCUUUUCCUCUUUCUCCCUCGUUUCCUUCCCCUAAACCCUCGGCUGCUCUCAGACGCUGGUUUUCUCCAGCAGAAUCAGGGCUGUGGUGAUUUUCAGACGUGAAGGAGGAGCAGCAGAAGCCUCUGGAGGAGGAAAGGCCCCUUCUAGACUUCCAUCUCCAGGCAGCGGGAGGAAACAGAGUCAUGGAGAGCGACUCGCUCCCUCCUCCGCCGACCUUCAGCCCGGCCGUGCCUCCCUUCGUCAAGCUGGGGCUGACGGUGGCCUACACCAUCUUCUACUCUCUGCUCUUCGUGUUCGUGUACGUGCAGCUCUGGCUGGUGCUGCGAUACCGACACAAGCGCUUCAGCUACCAGACGGUGUUUCUGUUCUUGUGUCUGCUGUGGGCGGCUCUGCGAGCGCUGCUCUUCUCCUUUUAUUUCAGAGACUGCGUGACCGCAAACACACUCGGACCCUUGGCUUUCUGGCUGCUCUACUGUUUCCCAGUCUGCCUGCAGUUCUUCACCCUCAGCCUCAUGAAUCUGUACUUCGCACAGGUCAUUUUCAAGGCGAAGUCUAAAUAUUCACCAGAACUUCAGAAGUACAGGCUGCCGCUGUACCUGCUCUUCCUGUGCAUCAGCAUCAUCUUCCUGCUGGUGAACCUGACCUGUGCUCUGCUGGUGAAGAUGCAGACGAAGGCCGACACAGAGACUGUAGUGCUGGUGCGUGUGGCCAUCAACGACACGCUGUUCGUCCUCUGCGCCGUCUCUCUCUCUCUGUGUCUCUAUAAGAUCGCCAAGAUGUCUCUGGCCAACAUCUACCUGGAGUCCAAGGGAACGUCCGUGUGUCAGGUGACUUUAAUCGGAGCGACGGUGAUCCUGCUGUACUCGUCCCGUGCGUGUUAUAACCUCGUGGUGCUGGCACUCGCCAAAGUCAAGAGCAUCAACUCAUUCGACUACGACUGGUACAACGUGUCAGACCAGGCAGAUCUGAAGUCGACGUUGGGCGACGCUGGGUAUGUGGUUUUCGGGGUGAUCCUGUUUGUUUGGGAGCUGCUGCCCACUUCACUGGUGGUCUUCAUUUUCAGAGUCCGUAAGCCGGCUCAGGAUCGAAGUGUGUCAGUGAUCCCCGGCCACAUGUUCUCAUCUAGAGCUUAUUUCUUUGACAACCCACGGCGUUACGACAGCGAUGAUGAUCUCGCGUGGAGUAUCAUCCCACAGAACAUUCAAGCCAGUCUCACGCCGGACAGUUAUGAUUGGGGUUUCACUGCAUACGUCGAAGGUGAAGAGUCUCAUCUAGCGCCGGAGGAGCUGAAUCCCUACUAAAACAUUCCUAAUGAGGAGUGCUAUUAUUUUGCACAUUCCCCAUCACUGAUGGGAAAUAUUACAUACCACGGAUGUCUUUACCGCUAUUUAUUACGGUAUUUCAAUUUGAUACGACAGCACGGCUCUGGAAGCAAAACCACCAAUCAUUUUCUCCAAAAAUAAAUAGAUUCUUACCAAUAAUGUGUGAAAUAUUAAUAAGUAAAUGUGAUUUCAAAUACACUACCCAGAGAUCAAUCAGAGAAAUCACUGUUGCACUCAAUCCCAUGAUUCAUUGCAAAUUAAUGAAUCGAGUUUGCCUCCCUGUAUUCUACAUAGUAAUACUUGUAUAUUUAAAUAUUUGCAUUUAUAUUUAAUAUUUGUAUUUUGUAUUCAAAUAUUUUUAUUUAAACAUAAUGACUACGUCAUUCGUUUUAUAAUAUACAGCUGUGCUUUUGAUUUAAUUAUUUGCAAUGCAUCAUGGGAAGAGUAGUUCAUUGCCUCAUUAAAGAAAUUGAGUAUGAUUUCUUGUACAAACACAAAAUGAAAUCCCUGUGGAGAAAAUGAAUGGGGAAAAUAUUUCCAAAAUCAGUGCCGUUCGUUGUCAUGUUCAUUUCUUUAAACUUGUAGGCCAGUAGUUCUCAUUUCAGAUGUACAAAAAAUUAUUCUGUAAAAGCUAUAUUUCUGAGUUUGCACUGUCAAUUAUAUAAGGAAGAAUAUAUAUGAAUUAAUAUAUUAAGUAUACUAGAUAAGUAUGCUAAUAUUCCACUGUGUGAAACAUAGUUUUUGUUGCAAUUUUUGUAUUGCUGCUCCAUAAACAAAAUCAUUAUCUUUAUUUCAGUUCUGUUCAGAUUCGGACACAAACCUGUUUAACAAAACCAAAAGAAGGAAAUUAUUAAUUUCCAUAUAUUUACUUGGCCUGAACUGUGAAAAUGUUAUUGACACUCUCCCAUUGAGAAUUUCUAUUUUUGGAGACAUUUUUUGUUUAUAGACAACUGCAAUAUAAUGCAUUAACAGAAUGAUCACUAUAGACAAAAUAGACCAAAAAAUAUAUAUAUAUAUUUUGAAAUGUUGAGAAGUGAAUGAAGGGGUUUGGUUUGUUGUCCGUUGUUUUUUAUAAAUGCAUUUUUAGUGUUUGAUUGUACAGUUUGUAGCUUUUGCACUUUGUAAGACUUUGUCUGACUUUGUUUUCUACAUUAAUAAAAAUUCUCUAUAUUAAAGACACUGAGA